AUGGCCAGAAGAAUCAUUAUCGAUACCGAUCCAGGUAUCGAUGACAUCCUCGCGCUGCUGCUGGCUCUGUCCGCCAAGCCAGAAGAAGUUGAAUUGCUGCUGAUUUCGUUGACUUUUGGCAACAUCGAAGUGCAAAACUGUCUUCGCAAUGUCGUCUCUAUGUUCCACAUCCUCGAGCGCGAGACGCAGUGGCGCCGCGAGAACGGACGCUCCGAGGGCUUCGGCACGAUGCGCGCAUUCCGCCCUGUCGUGGCCGUCGGCGCGCAAGAUCCUCUGGAGGACCAGAAGAUGCUCGCUGACUACUUCCAUGGCACCGACGGACUCGGAGGCAUCCAUGCUAGCCACCCACAUCUGGCCCCCAGCCAAGCUUGGGAGCAUCUGUUUGACCCGGCAACAGAUCCCAAUGGCAUUCAAUCCGUUCGCACGGGUGGUGACCUGGGAGAUCAUUCGUUCAUCCCGUCCAAGCUGCCGGCGUACAAGGAGAUCCUCCGUGCGCUACGAGAGAAUGAGCCAGACUCUGUGACCCUGCUCUGGCGGCCGCAGAGGAUCCCGGAGACUUUCCUCCGCGUGAAGGAGGUCGUCGUCAUGGGCGGUGCUGUCAAUGAACCCGGUAACGUUAGUCACAUUCGCAAACACCCCGCAGACCCAUAUCCAAAUCUUAACCAAGUUGAAAACUUGCAGGUUACGCCGGUGGGAGAAUUCAACGCCUACGCAGAUGCUUUCGCCGCUGCCCGGCAAUUGACUUUGCGCCUUUUCCCGCUCGAUAUUACCCUGCGCCACAACAUCUCCCGGGGCCAGUUCCGCAAGGCCGUCACCCCACUUCUCGAGAAGGGCUCCCCUCUCGCAGAAUGGGUCAAUGCUUUUAUGGGUCAUACCUUCCGCACCCUGGAACGUCUGCACCCAGGCCAUGUUGGUGACGAUGCCCAACUGAGCUUGCACGAUCCUGUCUGCGUUUGGUAUGCAUUGACAUCCGAGGAUCCUCAUUGGGCCCCGGCGCCCAACUCGCCCGAGGAUAUCCGGAUCGAGACCACUGGCCAGUGGACUCGCGGUAUGUGCGUCGUCGACCAUCGUAACCGCCACCGGAUUGAAGGCGACGAGGAGAGCUCCAGCGACCAUGGCCUGUGGCUGAGUGCCCGAGCUGGCAACCGUAUCUAUCGGAUGGAUAAGUCGCCAGCUGAGUCUAACUUUGGCCAGGUCAUCAUCGAUAAGCUAUUUGGUUAG